AUGAGCAUAUCUUCAUUUGAAGAGCUUUUAAGUUUAUUAUCACCAUAUCUUCAGAAACGAUCAUACAAGGGGAGAAUUCCUGUUAUGCCUCUGGAAAUGAUUGGCCUCACUAUCCGGCCUAUCGACCUCAUACCGCACUGGAGAGUAAAAAUUGACAUUCAGUGCGGAUACAAGGCCUAUAGGCCUUAUGGGAAGUACAAUGCCUAUCUGCCUAAUACCGCACUGAUUGAAGAGUCAAAAUUAAUUAGUGUUGUGUUGACAGCUUUUACAAAUGCAUGGCCAGUUUACAAGAAAAAAAAACAAAUUCAAAUCCUUCAGGAUGUUAUUGUUAAGCCAGCUUCUACAAGCAGUGAAACUACAACUUUUCAAGAACCUCGCUGCAGUUCAUCUAUUGCUUUUCAAGAACCUAGCUUCAGUUCAACUUUACACGAUAGCUCAAUGCGGGUAAGUCCUCAAGUUAGAAAGACUUAUUUAGACUUUACGCCUAAAAGAAAGAAAAUACAAAAAGCAGAAAACGAUGUUUAUGUUAGUCCUAGUACUGGCAAUACUCUUCAUGUACUGGAAAACGCUGUAUACGGACUUGACUCAACUCCUAUCCGCAAAUAUUAUAAUUUACGAAAAGAAACCCCAGUAACUCCGAACGUAUCAAAUCUUACAAGCAGGACUAGUUCUAUUAGUGACAUUUCAUGUGCAAAAUCCUUAUUAUGCCCACUAUUCAACGAGGAAAUCUGUGCAAUAUAUAACACCCAAACGCAGAAUAAUCAAAGUUCAUUGACAAAUUUGAAUAUUUCUACAAUUUAUGGUAAAGAUUUAAAUCCAGAUGCAUCUAAUAACAAUUAUACUCCCAACCCUUCCGAGAAAAUCUGUGCAAUAUAUGACACUCAAACGCAAAAUGAACAAAGUUCAUUAACAUAUUUGAAUAUUCCUGCAAAUUCUGCUAAAGAUUUUGAACCCGAUUCAUCUGAUGAUAGUUAUGCUCCCAACUCGUCUGACCUAGAAACUGAUUCUUCUUACUCCGACGAUAGUGAUAGUGAUGAUAGCGUAAUAACUUACUAUGAAAACAGUUCUGAAACCGAAUUAGUUCAAAUACUUGAAAAUACUCAAUGUACAGAAAACAAUAAUUUUGACGAGUGGGAAGACAUUAACGAUACAAAACCUGAUUUCGAUGAAUUCACAGAUAAUUGUAGACCAAACAUUCCGGAUAAUACUAUAACGUCAGCAGAUUUUUACAGUCUAUUUGUAACGGAUGAAAUUAUUGAGCAAAUGGUAAUAAACACAAACAAUUACGCACAAGGUCUUAUUAGUAAUCUAAGUAAUCUUAAGCCUAAAUCACGCUUGCGAGCCUAG